CAAUGGCGUGUCUAGACUCCUUCAGCAAACCCCAUAGGCUAGUUCAAGACCAAGCUUCUCCUGUUGUUCCUAAGCCAAGCAAGUCCUACACAAACUUCUUAUGUAAAUCACUAAUCAUUGUCCUUGCUCUUCUUGUUAUUCCCCUUUUUCCUUCACAAGCUCCUGAAUUUAUCAGCCAAAGUAUAAUCACCAAGUUCUGGGAACUUCUUCACCUUCUGUUCAUUGGCAUUGCUGUGUCUUAUGGCUUGUUUAGUAGAAAAAAAGUCGAUUUGGACAUUGAAACUCACUCUGGAAAUGAUAGUUCACAGAAUUAUUUGUCUGGAAUUCUACAUGUUUCAUCAAUUUUUGAAGAUGGAUUUGAGAAUUUAUGUGGGUCUGAUGAGAAAAAAGGGGUUCAAACUUGGAAUUCUCAGUACUUACAGAGUGCAUCUAUCAGUGCAUUCACUAAAGAAGAAGGUAAAGAUUACAGAUCUUCAGUUUGCAAAAAUGGGUUUGAGAACCCAUAUGGGUCCGAUGAGAAAAAGGUAACUCAGAACUUCCAUGAUGAAUCCAUGGUUGUAAUUGCCAAUGGAAACUAUGGUCUUGACCAAUGGGGCAAACCCUUGAGUCUAAGAUCAAGAAAUGCUGACACUGAUACCUCUAAAUCCAUUAAAAGAAUUGGGUCUAGUUCAAGUUUGAGGGAUUCUUCCAAGAAAGGUGAUAAAAUUGACAAAGUAAAAUUUAGGGGCAUGGUUCCUAUUAAUUUGGGGGAAAAGUUUAAAGAAGUUGCUGUAACUUCCCCCAUCCCUUGGCGAUCGAAGUCGGGGAGGAUGGAAAUGAGAGAAGAAGUAUGUCCUGUUAAAACCCCUUCACAUACUAGGCCUCUCUCUGUUGGCCAAUUUGAUCUUGAGAAUCUCAAAUCGCAGUCAUUCCUGUGCCCAAAACCUUCUGAAUCAAGUUCCAUGUUUGCAUCACUGAAGAAACCCUCACAUUCUAUUUCCCCAGAAUUGCCUAACUCAAGAAAGAAGAAUUUUGAGGAAUCUUCUAUGAGAGCUUCAAAUUCACCAUUAGCACCAAGAAAUGGUGAAGCAUCAUUCGUUUCUUGA